UAAGACUAGAAAUGACGGUGACUUACACUAGCGAGGUAACAACCUGUAGUGGUAUUUCUUGUUUUUUGAAACUCUUACUGAGAUGGCGAGGGAGCAUCUACAAAUUGGUUUGGGUUGAUCUUUUCCUAUAUUUAUUGUUAUAUUAUGCCAUUAAUUUUUGUUAUCACUUUAUUCCCAAUCCGAUAUGGCAACAGUAUUUCGAAAAACUUAUAAAAUACUGCGAUACAUAUUCAAAUCGGAUCCCUCUUAGUUUCAUAUUGGGUUUUUAUGUGAGUCUGGUAAUGACGAGAUGGUGGAGCCAAUAUUGCUCAAUUCCAUUCCCAGACAAUCUCGCAAUAUUAAUAGGAGCUAGUGUGAAAGGCCAGAUGGAACAAGCACGAAUUGUACGACGGACGAUCGUGCGUUAUGCCUGUGCAACGUUCACAAUUACUUUGACAAUGCUGUCACCAAGAGUUAAAAAACGUUUUCCGACUUUCGAGCAUUUCGUCAGUGCUGGUUUGCUCACUAAAGACGAAGUCAAAAUAAUGAACGAUUUAGACAACGAAUUUCCAAGUUACUCAAAAUACUGGCUUCCGUUGGCGUGGGCCGCAAAUGUUGUGACAAGAGCCCGCAAUGAAGGCCUCAUCAGAGACGACGUGUCCGUCAAAACCAUCCUCGAAGAGUUGAAUUUAUUCCGGAGCAAAUGUGGCGGAAUGUUGGAUUAUGACUGGAUCAGCGUUCCUUUGGUUUACACCCAAGUGGUGACUCUUGUAGUUUAUUGUUAUUUCAUUGUUUCUGCAAUUGGGAGGCAAUACAUUUUGUCGGAUGAGUCGCACCAAAAUAUCGACCUUUAUUUCCCGUUUUUUCUCGUCAUUGAAUUUUUUUUCUACAUGGGAUGGUUGAAAGUAGCCGAAGUUUUGAUUAAUCCCUACGGUGAUGACGAUGAUGAUUUUGAAGUGGUGUGGAUGGUGGACCGGCACCUCCAAGUGUGUUAUUUGUUAGUUGAUAAAAUACACGAAGAACAUCCCAAAUUAAUGCGUGACUCUCAUUGGAAUGAAACCGCACCGAAUUCUCUACCGUUUACUAUAGCUUCAAAAAAUUAUAUGCAGGAAUAUCCUUUCCCUUCUACGAUGAAUGUCAAAGUGAAUAGAUCUGCACAAGAUUUGCUUUUACCAAUUGAAGAAACUAUUUCACAACCUGAUGGGAUGAGACGUCGAUCAAGCCAGUAUUUAUGGCGAGUUAGGGGGCUCCAAGCGUCGAAAAAGAAGAGAACUGACAGUUUUCCUUUAACAAAAGUUAUCAGUUUUCAUCAGGAUAGUGAUGUCAACGAUCAAGCAAAUGUUUACGAUAGUGAUGUUCAAAGUGAUACACCUAAAACUACCGAAAUUCCUUGUGAAGAAUUUGAAAAUUUAAAACGUAACAGAAUAGAAAGCCACAAAAAGAAAUUGUUGGAAAUUGUAGAAUUAUGGAAAGGUCACAAAUGAUAAAAACACGUUUUAACAACAUAAAUUUUAUUAAAUAAUAAUAAUACAAUCCAAUUUAAUCAAUUUUUAAUUUUCCCAAAUAAGCUGCAUUAAAGAAUGUUUUAAUUUUACAAAGUUUGAAUAAAUUCAGUCUCUUUUCCGGUUUUUUUAAUGACAUCCAAGAUUUCUUGUGAUGAUAGUGAUGUUUUCACCUUUACCUGUUGCCCAGGUAAAUCAAUAUUGACAUCUUCUACUCCUUUAUCUAAAAUAUGUGUUGUAAAUGGCUUGAUAAUAAUAAAAACAGAAGUUAAUCA